AUGGCCUCUGCACGCCCGGACACAAAAGGCCAAAGCCACAAUGCGACGGACAUCAACCCUCCCUCCGAGCGCCGGGGGUCCCUUAUCGUCGAUACCACGCUCGCAAGCGAAGAAGACGCCGCGGUUCUAGCAAAGAUGGGGUACAAACAAGAACUCCGCCGGAAUUUCAGUAUGCUCGAGGUGUUCGGAAUUGCCUUUGCCAUCAUGGGCUUGCUUCCAUCCAUCGCGAGUACACUCUCCUACUCCAUCCCCGCCGGACCCGUGGGCUUGGUUUGGGGGUGGUUUCUAGCUUCGGGCUGGAUCUUCAUCGUCGGUCUAGCCAUGAGCGAUCUUGCAAGCUCGAUGCCGACGAGUGGCGGGCUUUACUACUGGACUCACUAUUAUGCAUCACCAAAAUGGAGGAACCCGCUGAGUUUCCUUGUCGGAUACAGCAACACCCUCGGAUUGGUGGGUGGUCUAUGUUCAAUCGAUUACGGAUUCUCCCUGAUGUUUCUCUCCGUCAUCGUGAUAGCCCGUGAUGGAAAUUGGACACCAAACAACGGCACUAUCUACGGAGUCUUCAUCGCCACUGUCGCCUGCCAUGGUCUCAUCGCUUCGACCAUGGCCCGUGUCAUGGGCAAAAUGCAGACCGUGUUCGUGGCCAUGAAUUUCAUCCUGAUAUUCGCAACCAUCAUCGCCUUGCCAAUUGGAACGGCGAGCAAGCGGAACAGCGCCUCCUACAUCUUUACACAUGUCUCGAACUUGACCGAGUGGCCCUCGGGCUGGACCUUUAUGCUCUCUUGGCUCAGUCCCAUCUGGACUAUUGGCGGGUUUGACUCGGCGGUCCACAUCAGCGAAGAGGCCACGAAUGCCACCAAGGCGGCACCGCUAGGCAUUCUGUUUUCUAUCGGUUCGUGCUGGCUGUUCGGAUGGAUCUGUUGCAUUGUCAUCGCGGCGUGUAUGUCGCAGGAUCUGGAGAGCAUCUUGGGCUCGCCCUUUGGACAGCCAAUGGCCCAGAUCUACUACGAUGCCCUUGGCAAAAAUGGAGCUCUGGGUUUCAUGGCUUUAUUGAUGAUUGUCCAGUUCUUGAUGGGUGUUUCCAUCCUGGUCGCCGCCUCUCGUCAAGCAUGGGCGUUCUCUCGUGAUGGAGCGUUGCCCUUUUCCCGAUUCUUCCGCCACAUCUCCAAGAAAUUCGGCUAUAUCCCCGUGCGCACGACGCUCGGUUGCGCCACACUAGCAGCCGUCCUCGGUCUUUUGUGUCUGAUCGCCCCAGCCGCCGCGGCAGCGCUCUUCUCUCUUGCCGUCGCGGGCAACAAUCUCGCAUGGGGAAUUCCGAUCCUCUGCCGCGUCGUCUGGGGUCAAAAGAAGUUCAGCCCGGGGCCCAUAUACACGGGCCGAGCGUCAACGCCCUUGGCCUGGGCGGCCGUCACUUUCCUGGUCUUUGGGAUCCUGUUGUGCAUGUUCCCCGUGGGCGGCCCCAAUCCGACCGCCGACAGCAUGAAUUACACCUGCGUGAUCAACUCGGCGGUGUGGGGAGGCGCGUUGCUUUACUAUUACAUUGACGCGCGCAAGUGGUUCCGCGGACCGCAGAUCACGAUCGAUCUGAGCCAGCUUACAGAAGAGCAGGCGGAGGCGCUGAGGGAGGAAGGACUCAAGGAGGAAGAGGGGACCGGGCAUGCGGUGAUCGGUAGUGGGGGGAGUAAAAGCGUUUCUGUCGAUAUGAAGGAUAGCUGA